CUGAUUGGAUCAGCUUGCGUAUGAGGGAGGGAACCUAGGUCACAACGUAUAUAAGCUCUCCGACAACUUGCUUAAAUGAAUGCUGGGAAAUAUGGCAACAGCCGGUAGAGAGGUUAAUGCAAAGGUUCGUUGUAGAUCUUUUAACCGGGGCUCCUGCAGAUGGGGUGAUAACUGUCGUUUUUCCCACGAAAGGAAAGUCGCUCCGAUCUGCCGACAUUUCCAGAAUGGCUUCUGUGUCUAUGGAGACAAGUGCAGUUUUCAGCACUUACUGCUACCACCUCAUCCUCCACAAUACCUGCCAGGACGUAGGGUCUCGGAACCUUGUAUUUUGCCUCAUGUUCCUGAGCAUCAUGAAGCACGCAGAGGAUCCGAGCCUGUAGUUCCCCCCUUAAAGCUGUCUGAGGAGCGGAAGGAAGCUUUGCCUCCUUCAGGUAGAGAGAACUGGGCUCUAGCUGCAGAGUUCAUUCCUAGACAUUCAGGACUUGUAAGAUCUGUAUCCAGUCCUACACUUCCGCAUGAGGCAUCCAUAAGAACUGAUGUGACUAAGCAUUUUGAUGGCAUGAAAAGCACCAAUUCUCUAAAAAACUUGAAUUCUCAAAAGUGUACUUCAGAUCUACAAUAUGAACGUAGUCGGGAUGUAGUUUGCGGGAUUUGUAUGGAUAAGGUGUAUGAGAAACAAGUACCAGAAAGAGUGUUUGGCAUAUUGCCAAACUGUAAUCACGCUUACUGUGUUGGUUGUAUUAAACGCUGGCGGAAAACAAGAGACUUCCAGAAUGAGGUUGUUAAGGGCUGUCCUCAGUGCCGAAUAAAGUCCAGCUAUUUUAUCCCCAACAAAUACUGGGUUGGAGAUUCUGCAGAGAAGGUGAAACUGAUAGAAACCUUUAAAGCAAAGACCAGCAAAAUCCGCUGCCGCUUUUUCCUUCGUGGGAAUGGCCAUUGUCCCUUUAAAUCAGAAUGCAUUUACCUUCAUGAAAUACCAUCUAGGCAUCAGCAAAGGAAAAGACGUGAACAAAGAAGACGGAGUGCCUCUGCUCUGACCUAUUCGCACUUGGUUGGAAUGUUUGAUGAAGACUUCACAGAUGAUGAGGACAUUGAUCUUCUUCAUUGUGCUCUCACCCUUGCUCUAAUUGAGGAUAACUUUGAGCUGGGCUUAGGUUUUUCUGAGGAAGUUGAAAUUCUGUGGGGUGAGGGUAGCGACUCAGAGUAGAAACUUGCUAUAAAGUAACUGUAUGCAGUGGAGAUUGGAUCCCUUUUUUUAAAGCUUUUAUUGGUGUUCUGGUAUAGUCUUGUCUGAUUAAACAUUCUGAAAACUAACUUAUAGCAGAGAGGGUAAUUUCUAAACGAAUCUCAAUUACAUUAAUUACAAAACUCAAUCUACCUUUGUUCUACUAUGACAAGACUGCCUUUAGUAUAUAGAUGUACAGUUGGUGGCUGAAUUUUUUUAUUUUUUUUCCCCCACCCAUUGUGAUGUGGGGGAUAGAAAUAUUGUAAGUUAAAUAAAGAUUAAGAACAAA